AUGGGAUGCUUAGGUAGUCGUCCUUUGAAUGAUGAAAAGACGUCAUCUGAUAGUUUGCGUAUGUUAUUGGAUCAAUUGGGAGAGGGUCAGUUUUUUGAGACCAUCAUCAUCUCCACAUCCGUUUACAAUUAUUGCUACUUUAAGUAGAGAAAGGAUUGGAUAUUGCAGAAGAGGAGAAUCAUAAAGAGCGUGGAUAAGUGGGUCAAGUGUAAUUUGGAAUCUCGAAAUUAUAUUCACUCAUUCUUGGAUUCACAUCCAGAAUCUAUUAUUUUGUUGAGACCUCUUCGUAAUUUCAAGCCUCUCAUCACCUCAGCCACAGUACACACAGCCCUCAUGAAAAACGAUUUCUUUCCCCAACAGAUAUUCGUGAAAUUCGUGGAUGUCAAACAAGCAUAAUUAAUCAAUUUUAGCAACAAUGGAAAAUACACUUUUUUCUUGCAAUUGCAAUUGUACAAGUUACAAAGUCUUAAACAAUUUUACAAAUUCCAAUAAAUCUUCACCAUCAAGAUAUCAAAAAUAUUUAAGUUUGCUCGAUUUGAGUUUUAUGGUUUGAUACACUGGACUUCAACACACAAAUAUGCAGAUUUAUAAAAAUUUAUAAAUAAAUAUGGAUGGUGUAUGAAAUUCAUAGAUAUAAGCGAUAACGGGCCUGAACAUCAUUAGUGUAUAUAUUAUCACUCAUUAAUUAAAGAUUUCAACUCCAACCAAGUAUUUCACAUCGAAGAACCAACCAAAGAAGACAUCUUCGUUAUCAUAGAUCCACAAGGCAAAGUAAUCAGAGCAGAAAGACCUGAAUUUUACAUCUCCAAAAAACCAGAUUAAGUCUGUGAAGAGUUCGACGAUGUUAGUUCUCAGAAAUCCAAAGCGAUCAAGUAUGAGAAGAAGUUACUGAAAGAGUUACACAUCCAUUAUUCAUCAUAUAUCAGCAAGAAUAAACCAUAAACACCAAAAAACACAUUAACAAAAUAUCAAAUGAUGCAAUAGCAGAUAUUCUAAUCAAGUGAGACCAUCAGUGACGUGCAAUACAAAGAUUUUAAAUAACUGUUUAAGAGUGCCCGUUUGCCUUAGAUAUUAACCAAAUAUCAUCCAGGUGAACCAUUUCAAUUUGAACUCAUUAAGCAGACCUAUUUUAAUUAUGAUUUUGAUUAGCAGAAAUUCAAGGAGGUCGCAAAAACUUAUUUGUUGCCUUCCAUAUAUCCUGCAGCUUCCAUUUAAAAAUAGAAAAUACUCUCAGAAACUUGUAGAGAAUUGAAAGAAUCAAUUGGAUUGAGAUGGAAAGUAUAAUGUUUGCAUUAAUGUAGGACCCUGAUUUAAAUCUAUAUUCCAUACCUCAUACGUACACCUUCAGCAAAAUAGAUCUGAUGGAUUUCCUUGAAGAUUUCACCUCGUAGUUCCACUUUAAAUUGAAGUUGUUCUUGAUUAAAAGAAGAACCAUUGAAUGGUAGACAGAUUAUAAAAGUGUGAGCAAAAUAAUGAGAAUUCGUGAUUAGGAUAAAGUGGAAUGGACCAAUCUAAUGAGAGAUUCAUUCGUCUUUUGGGACAUGUAUGAAUUACAUAAUAAAUCCAUCGCUAUCAAGAAUUUGGAUGAGUUAAGACUAUUGAAACAACAAUAAGAAUAACAUAUCACUUAAUUUAAGUAGAUCAAAACUUAGAAUCUCUCUGCCAAUGGUAUGGAUUUAAUUAGGAAAUAUAUAUAGCAUGGCAUAGAUUAUUAGAUAUCAAUAAAUGAGAAGGUGAUGGAUUUUGAUGAAUCCAUCAAAAUUACAAUUAACACCCUACUCUUUGUCUUGUAUGAUGAUUUUGAGAAGUAAAUACUCAUAAUCCUGAAUAAAUUGGCAUCCAUUGAAGAAGAAUUCUAAGAGCCCACAAAUAUCAUCAUAAUCACCUAAUUAGAAAACCUUAACAAUAUAAUAAAUGAGUUCAUUUCUUAAAGAUUUCAAAAAUUACAAAUCUAAUUUUGUCACCUCAAUCAAGUUUGGAAUUAAAACACUGGAUUAUCAUUUAAAUCAGACAUUGUUGAAAAAUAUUUCAAUGUGAGGAGAGAUUAUAAAGCAGUAAUAUACUCUUUAAUUAAAUGAUAGUUUUAUGUUGAUAAGUAUGGUUAUCUUAUGGCAAUUCAAUCAAAUGAUGAAUUUAUAGACAGCCUAUGGAUAAACAAUCAGAAAGAAAUCAUAGUAGAUUGGUUCAUUCAGCAAUUUGGGUACUAUUAUUACUAAAUGUAUUUUAGAAUGACACAUAAGAAUGAUGAUUCAGACUGGAAAUAAAUAAAACUGGAAUGUUGUCAAUUUAAUUAGAAGUAUGAAGAAAUCGUGAGUAGUUAUGAAAUACCAAAACAGAUGGUAGUAACUAUAAAAUCGAUUAAAUGCUUACUAUGGGACAAUCACAAUUAUAGUUUCUUGGAGUAUUCAAAUUGUCCAACUAUUACUCACAACCUAAACGUAAAGCAAAUAGCUUUGUUAAAUAUUUUCAUCCCAAAUAUGAUUAAAUUAAUAAUUUGA